GGAGGCGGGGCUUAGGGUGUAGAGUCUCUUGGCUCCACCUGCUCCGGCCUAUCCUCCGGGUCCACCUGCUUCAACGGAACGAUGGCGGUGCGGGCCCGGUCAGUGCGGGCCCCGCCCGGCUCAGAUAAAGUACAGAAGGACAAGCCUGCCCAGACCUCAGGACCCAGGCAGGGCAGUCGAAUGGCGAAACUCUUAGGUUUUGAAUGGACAGACUUGUCUUGCUGGCAGAGGCUGGUGACCCUGCUUAAUCGGCCGACAGAUCCAGCAAACCUAGCUAUCUUUCGUUUUCUCUUCGCCUUCUUGAUGGUGCUGGACAUCCCCCAGGAGCGAGGGCUCAGCUCCUUGGACCGGAAAUACCUGGAUGGGCUGGAUGUGUGCCGCUUCCCCUUGCUGGAUGCCCUGCACCCACUGCCACUUGACUGGAUGUAUCUUGUCUACACCAUCAUGUUUCUGGGGGCACUAGGUAUGAUGCUGGGCCUAUGCUACCGGAUAAGCUGCGUGUUAUUCCUGCUGCCCUACUGGUAUGUCUUUCUUCUGGACAAGACAUCGUGGAACAACCACUCCUAUCUGUAUGGUUUGUUGGCCUUUCAGCUGACUUUCAUGGAUGCAAACCACUACUGGUCUGUGGAUGGCCUGUUGUGUGCCCGGAAGAGGAAUGCUCAUGUGCCCCUCUGGAACUAUGUGAUGCUGCGUGGCCAGAUCUUCAUUGUGUACUUCAUUGCCGGUGUGAAGAAGCUGGAUGCAGACUGGGUUGAAGGCUAUUCCAUGGAACAUCUGUCCCGGCACUGGCUCUUCAGCCCCUUCAAACUGGUGUUGUCCGAGGAGCUGACUAGCCUGCUCGUGGUACACUGGUGUGGGCUACUGCUCGACCUCUCUGCGGGCUUCCUGCUCUUCUUUGAUGCCUCAAGACCCAUUGGCUUCUUCUUUGUGUCCUACUUCCACUGCAUGAACUCCCAGCUCUUCAGCAUCGGUAUGUUUCCCUAUGUCAUGCUGGUCAGCAGUCCUCUCUUCUGCUCUCCUGAGUGGCCUCGGAAGCUGGUAUCCCACUGUCCCAAAAGGUUUCAUGAGCUACUGCCCCUCAAGGCUGCCCCUCAGCCCAGCACUUCCUGCGUGUAUAAAAGGAGCCGGGCCAAAGGCAGCCAGAAGCCGAGGCUGCGCCACCAGCUAGGCGCUGCCUUCACUUUGUUCUACCUCCUGGAGCAGCUCUUCCUGCCAUAUUCCCACUUCCUCACCCAGGGCUAUAACAACUGGACCAAUGGGCUGUACGGCUACUCCUGGGACAUGAUGGUGCACUCCCGCUCCCACCAGCAUGUGAAGAUCACCUACCGCGAUGGGCUGACCGGAGAGCUGGGCUACCUUAACCCUGGGGUAUUCACACAGAGCCGACGAUGGAAGGAUCACGCAGACAUGCUGAAGCAGUAUGCCACUUGCCUGAGCCGCCUGCUUCCCAAGUACAAUGUCACUGAGCCCCAGAUCUACUUUGAUAUUUGGGUCUCCAUCAAUGACCGCUUCCAGCAGAGGCUCUUUGACCCUCGUGUGGACAUCGUGCAGGCUGUCUGGUCCCCUUUCCAGCGAACGCCAUGGGUGCAGCCACUCUUGAUGGACUUAUCCCCUUGGAGGACCAAGUUACAUGAAAUCAAGAGCGGCCUAGACAACCACACCGAGGUGGUGUUCAUUGCAGAUUUCCCCGGGCUACACUUGGAGAAUUUUGUGAGCGAAGACCUGGGCAACACUAGCAUCCAGCUGCUGCAGGGGGAGGUGACUGUGGAGCUGGUGGCAGAACAAAAGAACCAGACACUUCAGGAGGGAGAAAAAAUGCAGUUGCCUGCUGGUGAGUACCAUAAGGUGUAUACUGUGUCACCUACUCCGUCCUGCUACAUGUACAUCUAUGUCAAUACCACAGAGCUUGCCCUGGAGCAAGACCUAGCGUAUCUGCAAGAAUUAAAGGAGAAGGUAGAGAAUGGAAGUGAAACAAGGCCUCUACCUCCAGAGCUGCAGCCUCUCUUGGAAGGUGAAGUAAAAGGGGGCCCUGAGCCAACACCUCUGGUUCAGACCUUUCUUAGACGCCAGCAAAGGCUCCAGGAGAUUGAACGGCGGCGAAAUAUCCCUCUCCAUGAGCGGUUCUUCCGUUUCUUGCUGCGAAAGCUAUACAUCUUUCGCCGAAGCUUCCUGAUGACUCGUAUAUCACUCCGAAAUCUGGUAUUGGGACGCCCUUCUCUAGAGCAACUAGCUGAAGAGGUGACUUAUGCCAACUUGCGGCCUUUUGAGCCACCAGGAGAAUCAACUCCUUCAAACAGGGAUUCCAGUCCCAGUCCUCCUGAGCCAGAUUCUGAUCCUACCCACUCAGAGUUGUAAGGGAGCCCAGAUGCGUGCAGAUGUGGGAGCAGCCAAUUACAGGCCCAGUAUCUAUGCAAUGGACAACUGAAAAAAACUCAAGAUUUUUUUUAUGUUUUCUUUCAAAGUUCUUUUUAACUGAGGUGAUAGCUUGAAGGAGCCAAGGAAGUAAAGCAAAGAUAAGAUUUUUCAAUUCAAGAUUGAGGGAUCAUAAAGAAAUUAGAAACAAGGUGAGUGUGCUCUUAGAAUAAAGAGCUAAGUUUAUAUUGAACAGUUCUUUAGGAAAAGAAACUUCUCAAAUACUUGCUGAGUGCUAGGCACUGUGUGUAGUGUCCCUCUUAUCUAUCACACAAGUCUUUUGAGACGGGGACUAUGUAGUUCAUGUUGGUCUUGAACACACUAUUCAGCCCAGGCUGGCCCUGGACUCAGUGAUCCUUUCUUAGCCUCUGAGUGCGGGGAUUAUAAUCAUCUGUCACUGUGUCCACUAACACAUUAAUUGGUAACAGCCAUUAAUCUCUUUACAGAUGGAGAAAUUUGAGAGGUGAAAUUAUUUGCCCAGACAUCCAUCUAGUAAAGGGUAGACUGAGUGAUGAUUUGAACUUAGGUCUAUUUGACUUAAGGUCCUGCACCAUAUUGCUUUUAAUUUUCAGAAUUGGUGACACUUAACUCUGAAAUAAUGUAGCUUCAAACUUAAGAGGCAGGAGGAUCACAAGUUCAAACCUAGCAGGGGCAAUUUAAUGACUUGGUGAAACCAUCUUAAAACUUUAUGCAGAGCCGGAGAUUUAGCUCAGCGGUUUGGUGGCCUGCCUUGCAAGCGCAAGGACCUAAGUUCAAUCCCAGGUACCAAAAAAAAAAAAAAGAAAAAAAAAACUUCAUGCAGCUCAGUGUGAAGACCCUGGGUACAAUUCCUAGUACCCCCCUAUUCCCCCCAAAACCCCUCAAAAUUUGAAUAGAAGUAAUGAUUAGGAUAGAGAUCAGAUUCUAAAUGCACAAAAUAAUUUUAUCAGCACAAGAAUUGUUUCCUUCUUUGUUCCUAUUUAUAUAGCCAAUUAAGUUUUUCACCAAAAAUUAUCAAGAUUUAAUCAGUAUGAUCAGGGGUUUAGCUCAGUGGUGCCAUUGCCUGCCUUGCAAGCACAAGGUCCUGAGUUAGAUCUCUG